AUUUUUCCUUGCCACUCUCAGAAUACCGCCAAACAAUAAGUACGUAGCGUAAGCGUGAAACAUUAAUUAUCUGGUGAAUAUUCAAUUUUCAUCUGUUGAUAAGAAAUGACGCGAUAAAAAAUAGCCGAUGUCUAUGUGAAAUUUCGGUUCAACGGGUAUGAGGUAUAUCCAAGUGAAAUAUUUGUUUUUAUUCUUUCGAUAGUGUGAAUGUUUGAAAUCCACGUUUCCAUACUGGAUUUGAAAUGACGAAGAAAAAACACACCUUUCCAUCUACAGAUGAUUUCAAAUCUACAACCACCUUAGCCAACAAUGAUCAAAUAUCUACAAAACUCAGCAUGGAAAGCACAAUCAGUUUGGAUAAAGUAUAUAAUCCUUACGAGCAUCGAAUUCUGCAACACCCCAAUACUUUUUCCGGCGCCCUCAUCCACAUCCUCAAGGGAUCUUUAGGAAGCGGGCUACUGGCUAUACCCAGAGCUUUCAUGAACGCAGGAUUGUUGGUGGGAAUUUUCGGAACGAUCUUUAUUGGAUUCAUUUGCACUCAUACCGUUCAACUUUUGGUUUCAGCAUCGCAGAAAGUAUGCAAAGAAACAAAAACUCCCAGCUUAGGUUUUGCAGAAACGGCCCAAGUCGUUUUUGAGAAUGGACCGAAAGGACUUCGGAGCUGGUCAAAUUUUGCAAAGAUAUUCGUGGAAGUAGCUCUAACACUCACCCACUUUGUGGGUAAUGCCGUGUACAUAGUAUUUAUAUCGGAAUCCAUCACCAAGCUAGUUGCGUUUUACCAUCCACCAGCGGCAGAUUGGGGCCAAUAUUUCAAAGUCGUCCUCCUCAUUCUGCUGAUUUUGUUCUGCCAAAUCAGAGAGCUGAAACACCUCGUGCCCUUCUCGUUCAUAGCCAACUUGACUAUGGUGACGGCGUUCGGGAUUACCGCCUACUACAUGUUCAGAGAACUGAAAGACGUUCAAGUGUCUGACAGGAAACUUGCGACGGGAUUGUCCGGAAUUCCGUCGUUCUUCAGCACCGUCGUAUUCGCGAUGGAAGGCAUCGGGACCAUUAUGCCUGUGGAGAAUUCCAUGACCGACAACUCGUUUAUCGGAUGUCCCGGUGUCCUGAACACUGCCAUGACCAUGGUUGUGACCUUCUACACGAUGGUGGGACUCUGCGGGUAUUUGGCCUACGGGGAUAAAACGGAAGCUACCAUCACGCAGAACUUGCCCUCGCAGGACGUUUUAGCGCAAACCGUCCAAGCCUGCAUCUCGACGGCCAUCUUCUUCACGUUCAUGUUGCAGUACUACGUGCCGAUAGACAUCACCUGGAGGAGGCUGAAACCGCAUAUCUCCAAGGAAAAGCAAAACCUGGCUCAGAUCGCCUUGAGGACUGCCACGGUAACCUUCAUCGUCGGAGUUGCUGCAGCAGCAGGCGAUCGCUUGGGGGCUCUCAUUGACCUACUGGGUGCCAUCUUCUUUUCCACUCUCGGCCUCUUCGUCCCGUCUCUUUUAGACAUAAUCGUGAACUGGAAGAAUUGGGGGAGGUGGAACUGGAUACUGAUGAAGGAUAUAUUAUUGCUGGUUUUCUUUUUGUUUGGAUUCGUCACUGGCACCUAUUACGCUCUACUCAAUUUCAUUAAAGACUAGUUUUCUAUAAUACAGAGGAUAAAGUGAUUGUCGACAGCCUCUUGUGAAAAACGAAUGCUAAUCAACUUCACAGUUCUUCGGCUAUUGUUGAUCUGCUCAUUGUUACAAAAAGACCAAUUUAUGCUAGAACAUAUUUUAACCCAAAAAUAAUUUGGGAAAAUUCAAGUGUUAUUUAUUAUUUUCUCAAUAGCUUAAAGAAGACAUCGCAAUAGUUGAACUACAAAUAUGACGAUUCAUUAUUAUUAUUACAUAGUAUUAUGAUGUUUUGAAAACAUCCCAUGACUGCGAUAUUUUAAAAUUGUUAUGUUAAUCGGGUGAAAUGUAAAUUUUGUAACAUAUUUAGUUUUUAGAUAUUAUUGAAAUAUAUCUAUUAUCGAGAUAAAUGAUAUUUCCUGA